ACUAAACCAACCUACUUGCACAUAGAACCUAGCUAAUAUAUUCAGUUCAGACAUGGCUGCUUCUAGGUUGGCAUAUGCUUUGAAGAAGUGCUUAUUACCAUUAAUCACCAGAAGAGGAUAUUCAGCGUCCGCAACUGAAAAUGUAAAGACGUCUAUUUCGUCAACAGUUGUGAAGAAAGUGAUGUCAGAAACUGGAAAAGCAGGAAACAAAACUGUUGCAGCCAUAGAAAAAGAGUCUAACGGAGCCUUUUGGAUGAAAGAUCCGAAAACCGGUAACUGGAUCCCAGAGAAUCACUUCAAUGAAGUUGAUGUUGCUGAGCUUAGAAAUAAGUUACUAUCUAAGAAAUAAGCCUUCUUCUUUUAUUCUUAGCUGUAAAAUCGAAAAGACUUCUACAAAUUGUGAAACGAAGAAAUAAACUUUUUGUAGUUUAAUAAGAACAAUA